GAUUUUACUGUAGCGAUUGGCCGUUCGUUUGUGUACUAACACAACAUCUAAUCUGUGAAUAGUCAAUAGUGAAUAUAUUUUUAUUCUUUGUUUUCCUAAUUCUUUGUAUUUUUUUGUAUUUCUUUUCUUUGUAUCGAAAUUAGAAAAAUUAUCCCGCUCGUGCUCGCAGUAGAGAUCAUUUUAAUAAUCUCAGGAUAAAUGAAAAAAUCAAUGUAAAUUUGUUAAAUCGUUUAAAGUUUUACGGUUGAGUGGUGUAAAUAUAAAAAUCAAAUAUUAAAAUGUUAAAAACACGUUUUAACUAUAUAAUAUUGUUUUGUUUACUAUGUAGCAAUCAUGUAUUUUCCGAAAUCAUAACGGUAUCAUUAAUUGGCGCAGCUGUUGCUACCUCUGGUUUAUUUGGUUGGAAUAGCAUAAAAUCACAAACUUAUUGCCGUUUCAAAGAAUGUUGUGAUGAAAAAUACAUUCAUUUCGAUUUGGACAAACUCGGGCAGUCCUUUUCACAAAGAAUGUAUGGCCAGCCAUUAGUGAAUGAAAUUACCAACAUUCUUAAAGCACACAAAGAGGGUUUAUAUGAUAAAGAAAAGAAAAAUAAAAAGGCUCUAGUAUUAAGUUUACACGGCUGGUCUGGUGUGGGUAAGAAUUAUGCUGCAAAUAUGAUAGCUGAAGCAAUCUUCCAGAAGGGAAUAGAGAGUCAGUAUGUUAAAGUUUUCAUGGGAAAGAAAGAUUUUGAUUGUACUAACAUCCAAGAAACUCGGAACAAAUUGAUAGCAGAAGUCAAUGAAAUUGUGAAAAGCUGUCCUACAUCAUUGAUAGUGUUUGAUGAGAUACAUGAAAUGUGUCCAUCAAUUUUAGAUGCCAUAAAACCCAUGCUAGAUCACCACCAUGCAGUUGACGGAGUUGACUACAGAAACAGCAUAUUUAUAUUCAUUUCAAAUAUUGGUGGCAAAGAAAUUGCAAUGAACCUCCUUGAUCUUUACGGUCAGGGAAUAAAGAGAAAUGAGGUUGACUUUCAUAACUUUGAACCAAUUAUUAGGAGAAUUUCCUACAGUUCUGGUGGUUUUGAAAAAUCAUCAACCAUAGCACAACAUUUGAUUGAUCAUUACAUUCCAUUUCUGCCGCUGGAACAACAACACGUCGAGAUGUGUGCAUUGGCAGAAUUUAGAAAUCAUGGUAUCUAUCAUCCGACUGAAGAAAUGAUGGCGGACGCAUUGUCAGUCAUUACGUAUGGCCCAACGGAAGAACAACCAAUUUUUGCAAAUAAUGGCUGCAAACGGUUUACCAAACAAGUGCCUUAUGUGAUACAAAAACAUAAAAACAAUUUAUAAAAUGUGCGAUAUUUUAAUAACAGAUAUAGUCGGAUGCAAUCGUUAUGACGUUUCCGAAUCGUGCCAUAUGCUGCAUAGUACAAGAUUUUAGGUAUAACCGGUAUGCUGGGGCGCGGGGUGGGGCACCCCACGCGCAAUUCGAGUGUUCAAAGCUUUCAAACAGUUUUAUUUUUCUUUCUAUAGAAUGAAGUUUAAAAAAAAUAACAUCAUUUUUAAUGAUUCAAAUUAUGAAACAUACAAAGCACGAGACAAAUAAUGUGAUAUGAAAAAUUUUUAACUUUUAUUUUACAAUGGCCAUAACAUGUUCUUUCAUGAUCUGACAAAUGCAUUUAUAUCGAAUAUUAAUAACAAUGAAUACGGUUUGAUUCAGUUAAAAAGAAUAUGGUUCAAUCUAUUUCAAUAACAAAAUAAGACAAAGUGUCUUGGUUUUAGCGUAUUUUACGUGUAUGUAUGGCUUAUUUCGGAGACGUCAUAUGAAUUGCGUCCGACUUUACCUACAAAAGAUGAAUUUAGGGUUGGCUUUACAGCUGCACAUAACACACUUUGAGAAAUCUAAUUUCUCAAAGCAAUUGAGAAAUCUAAUUUCUCAAAGCAAUUGAGAAAAUUAUUACUAUGAUAUUUUAGCAAAUAUCAUUGUAAUUAUAAUUUUCUUAAUAUUACUACUUAAUUAAACUUAUGGGUAUUUUAUAUAAUUUAAGGUACACUGUUUGAACUGUUUUUUGUUUCUUGCGUCCAUCAAAUAUUGUUUUGGGUGUAUGUAAUAUGUAUAAAUGUUAGUAUGCAAGUCUACCUUUGUUACAUGGUAUUUUCUGUACAGUAAUAGUACAGUAAUAAAGGUUAAAGGACCAACUACCAAGCAGGCAACCAUUGCCUAUACAGGGCAACACUUUGCAGGGCAUGCUAUAGCUCGGCAAGUUUUAUUACACUCCCUUGAUAUGCGGGCGAUGGGGAGGGAAGGACUGCGCGGAUGUAAAGUCGCGCGCGGAACAGCGGCUGGAAGUGGGAUGCGUCAGUCGUGGGUUUGUCUGUCAUCGCUACCCGCCUCCCGGCCCCCGCGGACCAUCGGGAGUGUUACAGACAAAGCCAAGCUAUAGUGUCAUCCAGUGUCGUAUCAAACUAAGUACUAACUAAACUAACCUAACCAUAAGCUUAAGUGUUAAGCUUAUGGAAUUGCACUACCAACCUCAAGUUUAAGAUCCAUAUUAAAAACUACCUUCACCAUCUGUUUAAUGGAUGAAACGUGUUUUAUAUCAAAGGGGAAUGCCCAUCCCCGGCCCACGCCUAUCCUAACCUGACCAUUUACUUGUACUUAAAAAAAUCUUGAUAAUUCUACUUUAAUAAUGAAAUUAAAAAAAAAAAACCUACUGGCAAUAUAUUUUUCAAUGUACUAAAUUUGAUAUAAAAUACUUUUCGUCCAUUAAACAGAUGGGUGAAGGUCAUUUCUAAAUCAGACCUUCCACUAUAAGAAAAUAGUAACACUUGGCAGCAAAAACAAGUAUGUUAGUACUUCCUUGGAUGAGCUCUUGACUCUUGUCAUAUAAAAUAUAUUCUAAAACUGUUAUACCAGCCUUCCUUUAUUUUGUGAAUAUAGUUUAGGAUUUCUUGUGAUAUUUGAGAAAAUGCUAGGCUUUAAAUAUUUGUUUGUAAUAUAAUUAUUAUGUACCUGUGAACUGCACUGUAUUAACAUGUAUUGUUGUCCUUUACAGGUUAAUUUAUUAUUUAUUUAUUAAGAAACUGCUAAUACUCACGUGAUAAUAAAACAUCAGAGUAUGAAUGUCUAUUGUGCCGCGUUGCAAGAACUAGCUUAUGACUAAGGACCAUGUAUGAUUUCGAAACUGGUCGGACAUAGUCCAACAUAUCACGUGAGUUUUAGCCGUGUUUCAUUUUAUAUUAAUGUGAAUAACUCUCACAUAGUUUAAAUUCUAAGUUGUCUACAAGUGUUAUGAUAAAAUGGGUGGGGAUGAACAUACUCAUAUUAAAAGUAAGCGUAAAAGCUAAAUACUGUAAUUCUUAAUUAAGUUCAAAAUUACAAUAUUUAUCUUUUGUAAUUUUUUUUAAUACCUAAUCAUACCAGAUCAUGUUCACAAAUGAAGCACAUGGUUUAUAAUAAUAGAUCUGAAAUAUGUGUUUGAAGAUAUACCUACAUAAUAACUCAAAAUUCAAAAUUCAAAAUUCAAAAUUCAUUUAUUUCAAGUAGGCUCAGUUUACAAGCACUUUUGACACGUCAGUUGACUAUUUGUAAAGAUUCUACCACCGGUUCGGAAGGCAGGUUCUGCUGAGAAGAUACCGGCAAGAAACUCAACAGUUGCUCUUUUGAAAAAGUCAUACAGUAUUACAAUUUACAUUUGAUAACAAUUAAAUUACAAUUUCUUAUAGUUUUAUUUCCUGUGUGAAGGUGGAAGCUGAUCCAAUGGCCUCCAUGCACCUUUGUCGUUAAGGAACUCAUCAAUAGUGUAGUAACCUUGACUAAGUAAAUGUUUUUUAACACAUUGCUUAAAGUUGUGCAUUGGCAAGUCCAUCACAGUCUUGGGGAUCUUGUUAUAGAAGAGUACACCCAAACCCACAAAAGAUUUUUUAACUCUUUGGAGACGAUAUGCAGAAAUAACUAACUUAUGCCCGUGUCUAGUAAGACGUGGGUUUAGAUCUCCUUUUCGUUUGUACAAAUUAAUAUUUUGUCUCACAUAAACUAUACUGUUAUAUAUGUACUGACAGGCUACUGUUAAAAUGCCUAUUUCUUUAAACUUUUGACGAAGGGACUCGCGUGAUUUUAGUUGAUAUAUUGCUCGAAUUGCUCUUUUUUGAAGUACAAAUAUAGAAUGUAUAUCAGCAGCCUUGCCCCACAACAAAAUACCGUAAGACAUUACGCUGUGAAAGUACGCAAAAUAAACAAGUCUAGCUGUAUCAACAUCAGUAAACUGUCUUAUUUUUCUCACUGCAAAAGCAGCUGAGCUGAGUUUACCUGACAGUUUUUCUAUAUGAGCACCCCACUGAAGUUUAGAAUCCAAGGUCACUCCCAGGAAAACUGUGGAAUUCUCUAUUUCUAGUGUUUCACCAUUGAUCAUUAUAGACUUAUCUAAUUUUAUAACAUUUGGUAAUGAAAACUCAAUACAUUUAGUUUUCUUUGCAUUUAAAAGUAAGUUGUUAACAGUGAACCAAUGCGACACAUGCGAUAUGGCACGGUUUACAUCGUCGGAAUUAUCUUUACUUCUGUCACUCUUAAAAAUUAGGGAUGUGUCGUCAGCAAACAGUACUAUCUCACAGAUGCCGCUAACAUGGUGUGGUAAAUCGUUUAUGUACACUAGGAAUAGAAAAGGACCCAGAAUUGAACCCUGUGGGACGCCCAUUGUGUUAGAAAAACCGCGAGACUUUGAAUCAUUUAUGCAUACCUUUUGUGUUCUAUCACUAAGAUAAGAGGCGAUGAGAUCGAGUGCAACACUUUUUAUGCCAUAGUGGCUUAACUUAAGUAAAAGAAUGUUAUGGUCAACACAAUCGAAUGCUUUGGACAAAUCACAAAAUACACCAAUAGCAUUCUUAGCAUUUUCCCAUGCAUCAUAUAUAUGUUUUAAAAGUUUAGCACCUGCAUCAGUUGUACUGCGACCUUUAGUAAAACCAUACUGUUCAGGGUGAAAUAAAUUAUUUAAAUUAAAAUGACUUAAAAGUUGAUUUAAAAUGAUUUUUUCAAAAACCUUACUAAGUGUUGGCAGUAUUGUAAUUGGUCUAUAAUUAUUAACAUCAGUUUUGUCACCUGAUUUAAAAAGUGGUAACAGUUUGCCAUGUUUCAUUAGGUUCGGAAAGAUACCCAAAUCCACGCAUUCAUUAAAAAUAAUAGCUAAGUGGGGAGCAAUGACAUCAAUGAUGUUAGAUAUUACUUUCACUGACAUGCCCCACAUGUCUCCAGUUCUUUUUAAUUUUAACAGUUUAAAAGUUUUUUUAAUGUCUGAUACAGUUAUAUGAUGAAAUUCAAAAAGAACGUUGCACUCUUUAACAUGGCCUCUUAAUAUCCUCUGGGCUUCCGUAGCAGAAGAGUCCAGUGAAUCUGUUAACAAGAUAGGAACAUUCUGGAAAAAGUCUUCAAAGGCAUUAACAACCUCGUUAUCGGUGUUUAUCUUUUUAUCAUUGACAAUUAAUUCAAAACUCAUAUCACGUGGUCUAAUUUUGCCUGAUUCUUUAUUAAUUAUGUUCCAGGUUGUUUGUACCUUGUUUUCAGAUUUUAUUAUUCUAUCUUUGAUGUGUAAUGAUUUUGCAAGAAUACAAACACGUUUGAAAAUUUUUGAAUAGUUUUUUACAUGUUCUAAAUAUGUUCGCGUUUGAUUAUACUGUUUCUCCUCGUACAACUCGUACAAUCUGUCUCUACUUUUGUAAAUGCCUACAGUAGCCCAUUCGCUAAACUUUAAUUUUUGAGUAACAUUAAUACGUUUAAAGUUAAAAAUUUUACAAAACUCUUUGUCUAUUACUAUAUUAUAACUAAUAAUACAAGUAUGUUUGAGAUAUAAUCUCUGAAACAUUUUACAUUUUUAUGUAUAAUAUGUGUCAUGAUAAUUAUAACAGCAAUGUAAAUAUUAUUUUGUUAAUUUUGUAAAUAAAACAACUGCCCAGGAA